AUGAAGAGCUCUGCUCUCGACAACUACGUUGGUGCCCUCUGGUGUCUACUAGGCGGGCUUUGGAGCUUUUGGCUCUCUAACAGUCUGAUCCGUCGCUGGUUCAUUCACUAUGAGCCAAGACCUGCUAUGAUCCGAUUGUUCACAUUAGGAACAUUCUUCUGGUUCUCAGUCGUCUUCUUCGUCAGCUAUUUUGGUGCCGAGGAGCCAAUUUGGCCUUGGAUGGUUAUCUGCGCCAUUUUAGCGGUUAUCCAAAUCAUCCAAAUCCUCCAUUUCAGAGUCAAAGGGCACUACAAAUUGGAAGCAAAGAUUAAACCGAGGCGCGAUGCAAAGUCAUUGAUUUAUAGGACAGUCUUGAUUCCUGGAGGAAUCGUAUCAUUCAUCACCAUGAUCAUGCUUCUAUAUCAAAACAAUAUGCGACCAUCUACAGCAGAGGCUAUCGCCACCGGUGGAGUGGCAGGGAUUUCGGCUACCAGCGAUGCAAAGUUGGUAAUUGGAGCAGCACAAGUCCAGGUCUUGAUCAUCAUUUUAUCCUCCUGGGCGCCUAAAGCAUCCCAGAGGCGGCAGGAAAUCAGAAAUACAACGCUCAAACUGUUGCCUCCAUCCUCCUCGAGAUUCGCCUACACCUACAAAUUUGUCCUGGGCGAGGCCCCUAGCAGCCAUGCUAGAAAUAAAAUGGGUGCCAAAAUCAGUGCUGAGCUCCAAAAGUAUGACGAUAUUUUGUUACUGCCUGUAUCCGACGCACAGGAAGACCGCGGUUAUAAAGUUUUCAAGGCAUUGGAAUGGAGUAACAGAUUCAAGUUUGAUUUUUUAUGUAAGACUGAUGACGAUGUCUUCGUCAGAUGGGACACAGUCUCGAACGAACUCAUCAUGAAAGGACCUUUGCAUUAUCACUGGAAAGGAUUAACCUUCCGGAAUAUGCUCCCCAUUGCAAGCCCCGAUACCAAAGUCAAGAGCGAUGAAAGUGAAUUAGAAAUUUACCCGCCUUUUGUUGCCAACACCUUCUAUGUCCUCUCUCGAGAUAUUAUUACGUUAUUGACUUAUCCAGGACCACGGAUAUUUACUAAAUAUGAGGAUCAAAAUAUCGGUAUUUGGCUCCAUGCUUUCAAUAUCCAGCCAGUUCACGAUAGGAGGAUUCAACAAUGGGAUGUGUGUGAGGACGACAUGAUCGCUAAACAUUUUGGUGAACGACUCAAGUCUUUAGAAUCCAUGCAUAACAUGUAUAAGAACGUGAUCGAUAAGAAGCCACUCUGCACAGGAUUUCGGCAAGAUCGCUGCGCUCCAUGUUAUUCUUGCUAUAAUCGUAGUGGAGGUCAUUGGAAAGACCGCGGACUGAAUUGUGAUAGUGCAAUGGGCAUUUCACCCCUGAAACCAGCUAGUGAACUUGAGGAUGGUUUGACAGUUGACAUCAAAGACACCAUGCCGCUUCUGGGAAAUUCUCCAGACUGGAUCAUCCCAGGCAUCCUAAGCGACAAGAGUAGCAUUUUCUCUGAUACGGAGGACUGGUCUCGACUUCACUGGGCUAUCUGGACAACAGACGCCGCAAUAUCUUGGCAAGCCCGCCACUAUCAGGCGAUUGAAUCGCUCUUUAUCCACAAUCCGAAUGCAGUGCUUAUAGUUCUAUCCAACACUUUGCCUCCCAAGUUCUUUGAGGUCUAUACCCGGCAGGGCUACCAAAUCUAUAUCCUGUCUUUUUCCAAGGAACUACUUCUUCAGCACGGAUGGCACUUUGGUCCAGAAACACGAGAAUGGCUGCAAAAGUCGGAUGAAUGGAGAAAAAAGAGCGUAUUCUUUCCAGUCCAUUUGGCAGAUUACUUACGUUUGGUGGCUCUGUACAAGUAUGGCGGCUUGUACAUGGACCUAGAUGCGCUCUGGAUCCGGCCUCCAGGCGAUAGGAUCACAGAAUUCAUUGGAUCUGAUAUCUCCGACACCGAAAGCGAUCGGUCGUGGACACUGGAUGCUCAGAACACCUAUCUAGCCAACGGUGUAAUGCGAUUCAGGCGCGGAAGAUCCAUGUUCAGGCAGAUUGCCAACAAUGUCUUCACAAGUGCCAAUUAUGAUCCUGAAUGUUUCAACUGCGGGGGACCAAAGGCGUUCACGACAUAUGUAAAGACACACAGGAUUUCGCUAGAGAAGAAUGGGCUUCAAAUUUUGCCUCGGAAGGCGCUAUAUCCAUACAGCUGGAAGGAGGUUGUAGCAGCCAUUCAGAAAUCCGACAAGGCUGAAGACGAGCUCUUAAGCCUGGAAGAACACGGGUUUGGCCUUCAUUUAUUUGGGAAAGUCACUAACAAAAAAGAAAUCGAAGAAGGAAGUGUGGUUGCUGCAGCAUUCAAAAUCUGGAGCCUAGAUCUCUUCCCAGCAACAUCCACUAAUCAUCGUUUUAACAGCUCGAGACUUCAAGGGCCCAAGACUCUUUACUAUCAUGUGCCAUCAACACUAAUCGCUGUCUCGCCCAAGGACUCUUUGUUAGCCAAAGUUCCAGGUACAUUCAGAGGCAUUGAUGCGGUGUUUGUGCGCGGAGAUCAACAACAGCAGUCAUCUUCACCAUUUGAAGAUGAUGCAGCGUUAGCGCUGAAAAAGGCAUCUAUAUUAAUUACGGUAAAGGAAGGCUCCAUUGUCAUGAACUCGUCUGGUGCAGGUGCGAAAAGAGUUCAGAUGGAUCUCGGACAAGCUGUCAGCAUGGCACAACUCAACCUGGCGUUAUCUCAUGUGCGGUAUCUGCCCCCGACAGGGACAGUAUGGACUGGCAGUGACCAAAUUCUUAUCCAAGUCGAGUUUGGGUCGAUGCGUGAGCAGUUAGACAUUCCCGUCGUGCGACAGAUCAGCAAACUAUAG